CAUAGAUCUACUGGAACUGAGCGUCGUAUCAUCAUCUGAUCACUACCAAUGAGGAACUACAGCGUUUGAUUGUUGAGCAUGCGAUCAUGUGACAGUAUGUUUUAGUGUAAUGAAGCUAUUUUUAAUUUCACCAAAGGAAACAUGUGUCCUCAUUAAUUGUUUAUGGAGGAGGAGAUGUUGAUGGCCGGGGAGAGUCAUGUUGAUCAUUAAUUCGGUGCUUAAACUGCUGCAGCGGCAGACAUACACCUGUCUGUCUCAUCGCUAUGGACUGUACCUGUGCUUCGGAGGACUAGUCCUCAUGAUAGUGUCUGCUUUUCAGUUUGGAGAGGUUGUGGUAGAGUGGAGUCGAGAUCAGUACCAUGUUUUGUUUGAUUCCUACAGAGAUAAUGUUGCAGGAAAGUCCUUUCAGACGAGGCUUUGCCUACCGAUGCCCAUUGAUGUGGUUUACACCUGGGUAAAUGGCACAGACACAGACCUGCUGAAGGAUCUUCGUGCUGUGAGACAGCAGCUGGAAGACGAACAGAAGGCCUUGAGGGAGCGUCUUGGAAAAAAUGCAUCUGAAAUAACUGAAGCUCCUAAGGGAAGGUGAGUGUUUUAAAUAAGU